AUGAAUAUAACCAGCACACGUUUACUUCCUCUAUUAAAGAAAGUAGAAAGAACUGAUUUCAGUGGUGCUCUACUAUAUGAGAUUCUCCAAAGUCUAUCAUACUUUGGAUCUUCUUCUCUUUCAAUUUAUUUACCAUGUCUAUAAAUUUUAAUUACUUUAGGAAUUGUAUAAAUUAAGAUCAAAAGCUAUACAAUUAAAAUAGAGCAUACAAUAGCGUAUCGAUAACUCCAUUUAAUUUUUUAAAUGAUAAAGAAAACAAUCACCUUAGGAAUUAUAAUGCAGCAAAUUAAAUUUAUUGAAAGAGUAAAAAAUAAAUUUGAUUGUUUGUAAGAGAAUCUCAUUAGGAGAGUCAUCGAAUUGUCUUAGUAAAUACCAUUAGAGAUACCGUACAUAUAGAGAUUCAUUAUAUAGUAGUGA